CUCGGCUCUGUUAUCUUCCGUUCCCCGCCGCCCGAGCAGCGGAUCUCCUCCUCCUCCGGACCUGCUGCAGGAGUUAUUUAAUUCUCAUGAAAGUUCCCCAGUAGCCCCCAGCGCUCCCCCCAUGGUGUCCCCCGGAGACUCCCCGGCCUGCACUCGACUUUACGCAAACUAUCGGCCACCGUGCGGCAGUCUUGGAAAUCAUGGAAACGUGGUCGUUGCCUCGGCUCCUGUGCGCGUCUCUGUCGGUCCUCCUGCUCGGUCUGCCGGGGCCCCUCUGGGCAGGGACCCCCGCCGCCAACGGCACGGAUCCGGUGACCGCGGGAUUCUAUUAUUCCACCGCCGGGGGUGAACUCGGUGGCGCGGCCGGCGGCGAGACGUCAACCUCGCACUCCACGGAGAGUCUCUCGGCAUCGCAGAGGAACAUCCUGCUGACGCGCAGCGCCGCCGGGGGCCGCGCGGCCACAGAACAGCCACAAACCUUCACAGAAACAAGCAGCCGGUCCCGAGAGGACAUUAUUCAUUCUACCGAACCACUCGCCUCCACCCUGGUUGUAGCCACGACGGAGACCAGCAGCAGCAGUAGGGGCCGGGGGGACGUCUCCGUCACAGACCAGGCGUCCGGCGCCUCUCCGGCUGUGUCCCAGGAGGCGAGUCCCCGGGUGUCGACGGCGAAGGAGGACCGACUCCCCCGGGACAGCUCGGACACCGUCCUCCAACCAGGGGAAGCCUCCGCCGGCGCCCAGCCGCCACACACCGACCGCGCGUACACCUCCACCGCCAUCAGCCGCGCUGGGGAGAGGACGCUGCUGUCCGUCACCUCCUCCUCCUCCUCCUUCUUCUCCCCCUCCAGCAACGGCACAUCCUCUGCCUCGACGCAGGACUCCAGCUCCCGUCGGCCCCCCUCCACCUGGGGGGUUUCUGCUGGGGCCACAGACACUGAGGACUACACCCACAGCGCCCCGUCCACCAGGACCAACAGUCAGGACACGACGGACCAACACAUGACCCGCUCCUCUCACGGGCUGUAUCCCGAGACGGGGAGCGCGGGGGGGUCAGGAGGAACCCAAAGUCUAACCGGGCAACUCAACGCCACCCGUCGCCAUGUCACCUCGACGCCAGCGGAGACGUCCGACUGGCCGCCGCCGCCGCCGCCCCCCCUCGGAGUGACCGAGCCCGGCGCCGAUCCGUCGGAACGGUCGGCCGCCUCAUCCGCUCCCACCCUUAGUUCUUCAAGCCUCCCUCCCGCCUCCCUCCCGCCUCCCGCACCGGGGCCCACCGACCCCCCAGGGACGGAGCAGGAGUCGGACUUCGGCGUCUCGACCUCCCCCGAGCCCUCCACCGCCGCUCACAGAUCCAGCCCUCGGGUCCAGGAGGGUACCGAGGGGGUUUCAUCCCAGACCAGGGAGGGCAGCGGGGGCUCGGGCCUGACCGCCGCGCCGGCAACCGUCAGCAGCGCUACGUCUGGGGCAGGCGAGACUCCGACGGACGCACCGGCGCUGGUUUCUGAGGUCUCCGUCACCCCCACACCUGUCGGUGUGACAGACAGAUCACAGAUGACGGAGGAAGACACUUUCAAAGCCGCUGCGUCCACCAUCGUCCCCACCACCCCUCCCCUUACACCCGCAACCCCGUCCUCCAUAUUUAGCAGCUCCGCCAGCGGCUCUACCCCGGGGUCACCUACAGAGGCCCCGACCGCCCGCACCACAUCCUCCAGUACAUCCUCCACCACAUCCUCCACCACAUCCUCCACCCCGGCCCUCCUGACCUCCGCGACGCGGCCGACUCCCAGUGCGUCGACCCAGCAGGACUCAACUCAGGAGCCCUCGACCCGGAUGGCCAAUCCCACCCAGCGGGCGGCAACGAGCACGGGCACACCGGGAUUCGCCACCACUCUCGGCCGGCACGUCGCCGCCACCUCCACCUCCACCCGCGGCGCCCCAACCGAGGGAACAGCGCCUGCGCAGACCACGGGGAGACAGGCGGCCAGAAGGAGCACAGAGGCCGUGGGGACGACGUCACCCACCGCGGCGCCGACGCCCCCGAGCAACCCAUGCGUGUCGAACCCCUGCGUGAACGGAGGGAUGUGUGUGAGCUCUAAAGGGCAUCGAUUCAUCUGCCACUGUCAGCAGGCAUGGGCAGGGCCGACCUGCAACCAGGAUGUGGAUGAGUGUAAGAGGGACCCCUGCCCCGCCGGCUCCCGGUGUGUCAACACACGAGGUUCCUUUAGCUGCGAAUGUCCGGUCGGGUUCGACCUGGAGGAUGGACGCACAUGCACUAGAGCGAAGGCGUUCCUGGGAACGUUCAGCGUCAACAGGCUGCCACAUGACCCUGUCAUCAAGAGUUUCAAGAGCGAGACCAUGCAUGAGAUCCAGAGAGAGAUCAUCCAGCUGCUCAAUGCUUCGUUGUCCGUCCUCCGAGGAUACAGCCGCUCAACGCUGAGUAAGAAAGGAGAGGACGGCGUUCGUAUCUCAGCUGUCAACAUGUUUUCCAUUACCGCCGAUGUGACGGGCGCCGAGGUCUACAACAGCAUCCAGAUGUCUCUCAGCAACUGCAGCUCCUCAUUGGCUCACUGCCGGAUGGUCCUGCACCACCAGCUCAGUUACCACGUGGAAAGUCUGUGUGUCGCCCAGAGGACUCAGUGUGAUACGGAGCGCUCCACCUGCACGGACAACAGCGGCACGGCCAACUGCCAGUGUCUCCAAGGUUACUACAAGCACAACCCCGACGACCUGUCCUGCUUAGAUUGUGGAGAUGGCUACAAGCUGGAAAAUGGAACCUGUCAUCCGUGCGUGUUUGGAUUUGGAGGAUUUAACUGUGGAAACUUUUACAAGCUGAUCGCAAUCGUGGUGUCGCCUGCGGGAGGCGCUCUGCUCCUCAUCCUCGUCAUCGCUCUCAUUGUCACCUGUUGCAAGAAAGACAAGAACGACAUCAACAAGAUCAUCUUUAAAAGUGGAGACCUUCAGAUGUCCCCAUACGCGGACUUCCCCAAAAAUAACCGCAUAUCCACGGAGUGGGGCAGGGAGACCAUCGAGAUGCAAGAGAACGGCAGCACCAAGAACCUGCUGCAGAUGACUGACAUUUACUACUCUCCUGCGCUGCGUAACUCGGACCUGGACAGGAACGGCCUGUAUCCGUUCGCGGGUCUGCCGGGUUCCCGCCACUCGUGCAUCUACCCGGCCCAGUGGAACCCCUCCUUCAUCAGCGACGAUUCACGGAGACGGGACUACUUCUGACCGCCGCAGAACACACACGCAACGCGGGAGAACGUCUCUCACACUGUAAAACCCGACGUUACGCGAUGGUUUUUCCGUCACAGCGAGAGCGCGUCUGCGGGGUCGCACACUAACUAUGUAAAAUGCAGGCGUCUCUGUGUGCGUGUGCAAAAUGUUGCCUGAAGAGCGUCAGCGUGUGCCCAUUUCAGUGUUUUUGCAUGAUUUAGCUCAUUUAACUCCCACGUUACAUUGCUGCGGUUUUGAUAAAGGCGGUAAUGUGUUCUUCCUGCCUCACAGAGCGGCUGCCGUGAGAUAAAAAACAACAACAAUUUGCAGGCGCUGGAAACGUGCUCGAGGUAGAUAUCAUCCGUGAGAGCGGACAAUAAUAUCUUUGUUGCCGCCUGGUGACACGGCAGAGAUCGGAGCAGAAUGAUUAAUCAAAGCAGGUAUGGGGCUCGCUGCGCUCACCGGCAGGAAUGUCAAAAGAAAACCAACAGAUUAAAACAAACACAAAUAAAAUGUAAAGUGUAUGUGAGGUUUAGCAAAUGGAACAUGCAAAAACAUUGAUAUGGACCUUCAAGUGCUGAAAUAUGAAUAUGUGUGCGCAACUGCUGUGAUUUAAAAGAAUUGCGUUUCUUUUUAGAUAAUGAAAGACUUACGUUUUGGUGAAAUAAGGCGAUAACAAACCACUGAUGGAUGCACAAAAGUUCUGCUCGAUGGAAACUGAUGAACAACUUUGAAUUCUGAAGCCAACAUGUAUUUGUUCCCUCUUGGUCCAUGACAAGUAUCAAUAUGGACGCCUCGUGUACACACUGACCAGAUGAGCGUGUUUGUGUGUGCUUGUGUGUGUCUGUGUGUUUGAGAGAGUGCGUUGUUGUUUAUGAGGUUUGUGUGUAUGUGAGUAAUUAACUACCAGAAGGAUUUUAACUGUCAUUGACUGUAACGAAUGUAUUAUAGUCUGUAUCAUGAUUAGUUUGCUAUUUCUGACAUGGAGUAUUAUUUUUAUGUGCGUUUGUCUUCAUGUGUGUUUAUGUUUAUGUCAUCUAUUGUUUCUGGCGUUUUAGUCAGAUGUGCUUAUUUAAAUAAACAUUUUGCACAGCAGCUUUUCUCACACUU